CCGAAAUUAAUUUACAAUGUGGGACAGAUUUUAAAAUAAAAUAAAAUAAGAGGUUGUUUUUAUUGAAUAUUUUUGUUACUGAAUCUGGCAGCUGGCAGUGGAAAUGUGCCGUGGAGUGGGUGUUGUAAGUAACGAUGUUUGGCAGUGAUUUGUGUUUGUCUGAAUCUCUCCCUUCGUGUCGCCGUUUAAGUCCGACUUGAAGGCUGGGCCUCUCAGUCCUUUCAGUUAUGGCUGAGAUCUGCUUCAUGUCAAAACUGCUCCCUCUGGACCGCACCGGGAGAUGGAAUUAAAUUGUAAUAUUUUCCAGCAUAAUUACAUUUUGUGGGUGUUUUUGCUAUAGCUCACAUUUUUUUUUGACAACAUGUUAAAGUAAUUUAACAUGUUGCGUAAUUUCUUCGCAUGGUAGUAGUAUGUGUUUAACCCAUCUGGUCUGUUAACAGCAUAGCUUUAGUGCUAUUCUAAGAAGUCGAUUAAACUGAGGGUCACGCUGUGGAGUUCAAGCCCCCGUCAAAAUAUAUCUUUUGACCGUAAUAUGCACCUCCUGACCUUGUGCCAGACGCGGACUCAUUAGUGAGUCACCAUGUUUACUCCUGUCACAUGAUGUUGCAGUCAACCCAGGGAACUAAACGGAGCCCCCCUCCCCCAGUCCCUCCCCCACAUAGACCAAGAGUCUCCACACCUCAUUCAGGGGGAGAAGGUCGUCUCAGGACACGGUUCAUCUGAGUCUGUGAACAAACAAGGAAAAAAAAUACAUCUGGGUGAUUAAUAAAGCCUGGGGCCUAUUUGUCAGGUUUAAUUACAACAGUUAUAAGACAAGUAAUAUUUUACUAAUGAAUAAUUUAUUAAAGGGUGCCGACCGUAUAUGGCUAAAUGAGAAGAAACUUCAUUGGCUUCUUAGGAGAUUAUUUUAUGUUACGCGAUUAUGCUGCUGACACUUGUAACAGCCCUUUCUAUGCUUCAUUUUCUUGCCUGUGAAAACAGUCAUAAACACACAUUAUUUUCCACUGUAGAUGGCAGCUUUCUGCAUUAAUUACCCGAGUCGUUUGACAACACACACCUCAUAUUUUGCUACGGCAAACACAAUAAAUCCCUGUAAUAGUCACUGCUUUGCUUUUUCUCAGCCAUGCUUUAUUUCUAAUGUUGGACACAAGCCAGUAGACCACUGCAGACUCUGCAGGUGAAUCCUUGCACUUCCUUUGGGUAUUUCAAGGGAUUUAAGCUUGCGUCAGCACUUGCGUUGCUUUGGUAUCCUCUUGGGUGUGCAGGGAGUAGAAUAGGUUCAUUUACUCAAGUUAAAUUCUGGGGAGAGAGGUUCACUUCUUUUUCCUUCUCUCUUUUUCUAGGCGUUUAAUCUGAUUUAUAUCCAUACUUUGCAUUCUUUUCAAACGAGUACAUUCUUAUUACAUUCAAAUAAUUUCUUUGUGAUGCUUUAGUUAUGCCAGUAGUUUGCACAGCCCUUGGCCAAAACUGUGUUGUUUUCGAUGAGGAAAUGCUGCAUGCUAGUCACAUGUAGCAGUGGAAAGAACUGCUGAUCAUAUCCAAGAAUCAUUUAUUGUGGCUCAAGAUGGAACAAAUGGCAAAUAUGGCAUUCCAGUGCAAUGUCAGCAGUGUUCUCAAAUGCAAAAUAGUGGUCCAGAUGAGAGAGGAUGAAAAAUCCUGAGAGUAAAAGCUUAAGAAUACUGGCGGUGGACCUUUUUGAUUUUGAUGUUGGCAGGAAAAAAUGGUGCCUAUUUACUUCGAUACCAUCAGCAGGUUUGUGACAAAAUUGUUAGUAGGAGGAGAGUACUGUCUGUUUCCUCUUUCUCUGCUUAUCAAACAGUUGCUGUUAAUGAGCUUCACAUGUACUGUGACAAAGUGAGCUAUACUUUGUUUCUCCCUUUUCCUUUAAAUGUAGAUGGAGCCCUUGAAAUGUGUCUCAUCUAUGCUCAGUCAGUGAGGACAUUCAUGUAAACGCGCAUAGCUGUCUGGUGGUCGAGUCUGCAGUUCUGAGCUGAGGAAUAUUAUGUGCUAAAUCAGGAUUAAUGGAGUGAUACUGACAGCCAAGCAAUGUAGCGUAGGUCAGUUUAUAUGCACAGAUGACAGGUGUGCAAACACAGAUACACACCAGCCUAGAUUUACACCUUUAUUGCCAUGUUAGAGCCGUUCAUGCUCCCGCUGUGUUGUUUAUUUUGGUGCGGGUAUGUCCAGUGAGAAGGUUGUGGUGCUGGAUGUGUGGCUUAUUGUGAGAAACAUGUAGUUUUAACAAAUACAUGUAUGAGGCGUUCAUUGCAGAGAAAUGAAUGCUGAAGAUGUUUCUGCCACAUGAACCAGUUUAAACACACUACUCCUUAAAAAUAGUUUCCAGUGUGGGGAUUCACUGCUUUCAGCCACGAGCGAUUGAUCCGCUCGUCCGAGGCAGUUUGACAAACGUAAAACCACAGUCACCGCACAGACCAGCAGAGCAAGCAGGGAAUCCCUGCCACAGAGACUGACAGCUGCAUAUACAGUAGCUUGCUGGGGCUGUUUCUCCCAUAAAUCCCAUACUCUCUGCUCGAAUAAUUGAUUUCAAAUUGAUUUAUAGGCUCAACUGGCUCAUUUGCUUCUUGUGCUGGUGUGGACUUGUAUUUUUGUUUCCUAUAAUUAUUGCCUCCUUGGUUUGCCAGCAAUAAGGCCAAGGUUUUACCCUCCAAAUGGAAGCAUUUUCCACAGAAGCACCAAUUAAAUAUUCAUUUGGAUUUGUUUGUUUCUCUGACAAACCAUAAAUUAGACACCCCAACAAUUUCCUAUACAUGAUGGAAGUUGGAAUGUUACACGAGGCCCAUUUUAGCAUUGCUGUGCAGUCCUUAGAAUACGUCUCAUGCAUGAUGCUUUUCCACAUCUUAAUAAUGAAAAUCUUGAAAGGGGACCGAUUAUGCGUUUCCUGAUUUUAUGUCAUAUGAUCACUUUUAACCAUUUAAGUGCAAAUAAUCCCCAUGACCCCAAAACUCAGGUUUUAGACUGCCUUAAGUGCACUUUAUGAUGUGACUGAGCGGCUUUCACAAAUAUGGCCAACGUGGCUCGCCAACCGGCCAGUCAAACUUUCUGAGGAGUAACCAUUUAAGAGGAAGUUAAAUGGAUACUAUUAUACUUCUAUUAACUCAUUGCUGUAGGCGCGUCAUGACGUCAAACUCUUCUAAAACCAUAUCAUAUCCUAAAGUGCACAUCCUUAGAAAUGUAUCUACACGUUGCAGUCAUUGCCACCUGCGCAGGUAUUCAUGUUUUGCAAUGGAAUCUUCAACUUGUAUAGUCUACUUUGUCGACUCUGUAUGGAUUAACCAUAGAAGUACAACUGAAACAAUAAAGUGAGGAGAUAAAUGUUUUUGAUAAAGAACAGUUCAGUGUUUUGAACUGUCAAUCAUGCAAAGCUAAAAUAAUUGCGAUGAAAAGGAGCAUAAUGGUUCCGUUUUAAAGAUCUGUUGUGUGCAGUACACGGGAAUGCAAGUGCUCAGUGCAACAGGUUCUUCACAGUCACGGAAGUCAGGAUAGUGUGAAGGUUAAGAUGAGUCCUCAUUUGCAUGGAUAACCCUGCCAGGGUGAAGUCAGAACAUGAGCGGUGCGGGCGCAGUACUUGUUGUUGUUGUUAACAUCUCUCUCUGUCUGUGUUCGUCAUCAUUAAAUAUUAAGGCUUUUACUUGCUAUCCAACUAUUCAUUUAAAAGCCAAGGACCGAUUUGGCACAUCAUUGUAUUUCUAAACUAAAAAGCCAUUUCUAGAUGGCAGCUCCUCCCUCCUUUCUUUAUAUGAUCAAACGCUCCUCCAAACUCUUUUGUGUCAAAGGAGAUUCCUCACAUGAGGAGGCAGUUGAGCUGCUAUCUGAGCAAGUGCUGAAUGUCAUCAGGAGGAUUAAUGAGGAGGGAGGGACUGUGUAGUGCAGGAAGGGGGAAGAUUUGGCAACACUGGAAGUAUAGGAGAGUCAUUUGUGAAUUAAAAAAUAAAUACAAAUUAGUGUUUUAAUAAGUUUCAAGGAAGUUAAAUGGGGACUGGGAGGAGGAAAAAUGGAAGGAGCGAGCUUAAUUUAUUGCACAACCAUCUAAAGUAUCCGUCUUAUGCAUUACUCACUUUGUUAUCAAGUUCCAGUCUAUACAAAUGUUUGAAAGAAGGAAUGGCUAAAAAAACACCUUUUGGAGGUCUUGGACCUUUUUCACAAAAGAUCUCUGAAGCACCCCUGGGGGCGAAUGACCCUGUCAUCUCACCCCUCCCCCCUUCCACAUUCAACCCCUCCGUCACUAUCAGCCUCCUGCUGAAUUCACAGAGCCCCCUUCUCUCUUCAUGCUGGCCAGUCCUCUGCAGCUCCUGCAGCAGAUGCGUCGUAUUUUCUGCCAGAUGUACCAGAGUGCGUCCUGCUUAAGUAGGGAAGAAAGAGCAACUCCAGGAAGGGGGGGGGAAAGAUGCUGUAGGAGGAGCGUGAAAGAAAGCGGGCAGACGACGCAACAGUUUUACACUGCAUUCGGCUUCAAUGGGAGAGGCGUGUUAGAGAGAGGGAGAGCAGUAGCGGCAGCACACUCGCUGUAGCGCAGGUGGAUCGCAGCUGUCUGAAGAGAAAGAUUUGGCGGCAGCAGGUGACAGUCAGAGUGGCAGCUGUAGAGCAAGCAAGUGAGGUGAAACAGGCAUGAGUGCGGACAGCCAUCAGGGGGUGGUGACCACCCCUCCUCCGCCUGGUGGAGGUACUAAGGAGCGCUACUUCGACCGUGUCGACGUGAAUGAUCCGGAGUACAUCAGGGCCAGGAACAUGUCUCCCGACCUCCGACAGGACUUCAACGUUUUGGAGCAGAAGAAACGUGUCACACAGAUACUACAGAGCCCCGCUUUCAAGGAGGAAUUGGAGAGCCUGAUCCAAGAGCAGCAACGGAAGGGGAACAACCCCACUGGCCUGCUGGCCCUCAGGCAGAUCGCAGACUUCUUUAUGGCCAGCACAGUUGCCGGUUUCAACACUUCCCCCCUCAGCCUGGGGAUGGUCACUCCCAUCAACGACUUGUACGGAGUGGAAUCCACCACGAUGGUGAAAGGCGAGAAGCUGACACGUUGUAAACUGGCCAGCCUCUACAGACUGGUGGACCUGUUCAGCUGGGCACACUUCGCCAACUCCUACAUCACAGGUCGAGUCAGUAAAGAGCAAGACCACAUCCUGAUCAUCCCCAGAGGACUCUCAUUUGCUGAGGCAUCUGCUUCAAACCUGGUGAAAGUCAACAUCAUCGGGGAUGUGAUCGACCAGGGCUCCACCAACCUGAGGAUCGACCCCGCAGGUUUCAGCCCCCAUGCUGCCAUCUACUCCAUGCGUCCAGACAUCCGCUGCAUCAUACACGUGCACACUCCUGCCACAGCAGCUGUGUCAUCUAUGAAGUGUGGUAUCCUGCCCAUUUCCCAAGAGGCGCUGAUCUUGGGUGAUAUUGCCUACUACAACUACCAGGGCAGUCUGGAUGAGCAGGAUGAGCGCAUAGAGCUACAGAAGGCCCUGGGGCCAACAACAAAGGUUUUGGUGCUGAGGAAUCACGGCGUGGUUGCUCUCGGGGAGACCAUCGAAGAGGCCUUUCACUACAUCUACAGCGCUCAGUAUGCCUGUGAAAUCCAGGUUAAUGCCAUUUCUUGUGCUGGAGGUGUGGACAACCUUAUAGUGCUGGACCAGGAGAAGUACAAAUCACGAGUGUUCGCCGUCGCCUCGGCGGGUGCUAUCAACAUGGCUGGGCAAUACAAGUGGAAAAUCGGUGAGCUGGAGUUUGAGUCUCUGAUGAGGAUGCUGGAUAAUCUGGGCUACAGGACAGGCUAUGCAUACCGGCACCCCAUCAUCCGGGAGAAGCCGAGGCACAAGAGCGACGUCGAGAUCCCCGCCACGGUUACAGCGUUCAUGUUCGAAGAGGACGCGGAUAGUGGUGCAACACGGCUGCCCUUCAAGUUUCUCCAGCAGCGGCAGCAGAGGGAGAAGACACGCUGGCUCAAUUCACCCAACAGCUACACCAAGGUCAGCGUAGAAGGUGGAGAGGAGCGCUACAACAGCCGGACAACCACGUGGAUGAAGGCAGAUGACCCAGGAACCCCAAUUCGUAUCGAGGAUCCCAAUCAGUUUGUCCCUCUCAACACAGAUCCCACUGAAGUGCUGGCGAAGAGGAACAAAAUCAGAGAGCAGAACCGGCUUGAUGUGAUGUCAUCAGGGCCGCGGUCUCAGCACCUCGCAGGCAUCCCUGUCGAUGAACCGCGAAAGGAUCUGGUGCAGAUAAACGUUCUGGUAAAUACCAACCCAUACGUGCCCACAGAGGAAGAGCAGAUGGCUCCCCUGCCUCCCAACCCUUUCAGUGAGUUGUCAGAGAAGGCGCUGGAAGAGUAUCGCAAGAACGUGGAGAGAAGGCAACUGGGCCUCAGCGAUGGCGAGCACGAGCUAACCUCUGACGAUGGCUCCACUCUCUCUCAGUCUCUGUCUGUCACCCAGUCCCCGCAAAGCACUUCAGCUAAAGAAGAGAACCACACAGGACUGAUGAACGGUAAAAACGACCACGGGGACGUGGACGAGGAGCUGUCAAAGCGCGUGAGCCAGCUGACCACCAGCGUCGAGAGCGUGGAGAUCACCGUGCGCUCCGGGGAGAAAAUCGAAGAGGCCCUGUCCCCCGAGAGCUCGCCCUCCAAGUCGCCCAACACCAAGAAGAAGAAGAAGUUCCGCACCCCAUCCUUCCUGAAGAAAAACAAAAAGAAAGAGAAGACUGAGGCCUGAGAGCGAGCAGGCAGCAGGGGGCGAGGCAGACGGGGAGAUCAUCUGCAUAGAAGAAUGAGGGGCAAGCAAACCCCCGUUUUCUGUUUUAAUAAUGUCUGUUUUUAUUUUGUUUUAAAUGUCCUUUUAUGUUUUUAAUUUUAUUUGUUUUUUAACAAAAGGUUUUAUGUGCAAAAGGCAGAGGAAACGAAUUAACAAAAAUCUGUUUGUAAUAAAAAAGAGACGUUUUCUCCUUCUGCAAAAAGACAAGAAAGCUUAGGGGUUUGGGGCGGGCAAGUGAGGCCACAGAUUAAAACUGCAACAGAUGUGGGGUGCCUAGAGCUGGUAGGGGGGGUGUCUGCACACCUGACCUCCUGUGCAGGGCUUUAACGGGGCUCCUUGGAAGUGUCAUUGAAGGCCGGUUUAGAUCCUGAGUUUUUGGCUACUCCUGUGAUUAUUCCCGGGUUGAAAAAUGGAACGUGAAACCACGUUGUUUUUUUUUUGCUUCAAAUAAUUGGAAUGCAGCCCGAGUGUUGUAAAACUGCACACGUUUAAAAGAAACGCUUUUUUUUUUUCCCUUUUUAGGCCUUUCCGGCCUUUUUCCUUCUUUUUUUUUUUUUUUUUUAAUUUUUUUUUUUAUAUCCCGGUCACCUGACUCUGCAUACGGAACAGCGAGACCACAUAAAAUUUCAAGUCACACUGGAAAACUGGUCUCAGAGGGAAAAAGAAAACAGCCACAGGGUUUGUGUUGAUUUAUUUACUGUGAGAGAGGAUCUCUCACGCUCUUCAGGCUACUGUAGGCACAGGCUUCUGACAAAAACCUUCUUUUCAGCUUGUUGUGGUUGAACUACAGAUGAGUUUUAAGAGUAGAGACAGUGAGGCUGACAGUCUAUCACAACUGUUAUCUGAGAGAGAAUAUUUAUGUAGCAUUUUUUUUUCAUCUUGUCCUUUUCAUCUCAGUGUUUGUUGGGUUUUUUUGCCAAAUUAAUGGGAGAAUGGGAGGAAAAAACAAUCUCAUCUUAAGCAAGCAUCUCUAUUUCUAGUUUGUCAUCUCAUUUUUACUGAACACAAAUUUGGUAUUAGUUGACUGUU